GCGGCCCCGGCUCCGAGUAACCACUGAGUCCGUGGGGGAGCAGAGGGGCCAGCAGCCGGGGCCGCUCUGUCCCCCUCUUCCGGCAGCGCCUCGCUGCUCCGGGAGCGGCUGUAGCCGCGUACGCAGUUUCCAUGGGGACUGAAGAUGGCGUCGCGAGGUGAACGACUGUCCUCCACUCCCCUGGAAAUCCUGUUCUUUCUGAACGGGUGGUAUUAUGCUACCUAUUUCCUGCUGGAACUCUUCAUCUUUCUGUAUAAAGGUCUGCUGCUCCCAUAUCCAACAGCCAAUCUAGUAUUGGAUGUGGUGAUGCUUCUCCUUUACCUUGGCAUUGAAGUAAUUCGACUGUUUUUUGGGACAAAAGGAAACCUCUGCCAGCGAAAGAUGCCCCUUGGAAUCAGUGUGGCCUUGACCUUCCCAUCUGCCAUGAUGGCCUCCUAUUACCUGCUACUGCAGACCUAUGUGCUCCGCCUGGAAGCCAUCAUGAACGGCAUCUUGCUCUUCUUCUGUGCCUCGGAGCUGCUGCUUGAGGUGCUCACUCUGACAGCUUUCUCCAGUAUGGACAGGAUUUGAAGUGGAAAAUUCCAGCCGGCAGCCCUCAGGGGCUGAGACCACAUACACUUCUGCCACACCAGUGAGAAGUGAUGGGCCACAUUGACCUGGGGGUCGCUGCUUUUUUUCAGCAUAGACUUUGGGGUCACAAAGGCUGCUUAAGGCCACUGGGCACCAUCUGGACCAUUGCCCAGAGACUUCUGUCCUCCAGUGUGGGAGGUGGAGUGGGCAAGACUGGCCCUUCUCAGAACUGGUCCCCUGCUGACCUCAAGUUCUCUUCAUCAUCGUGGCCAGAGCACCUUGCCUGGGCCACGCAGGCUCCUUGGGCUUCCGGCAGGACCUCACCACACGCUCCUUCCGUGCUGUGCCACACGGGCACAGCCCCAGGACAGUGAGUUCCCAGAACGAUGCAAAAACCGCUCAUUCAUCCCUCGGAGACAGAGCUCCAGGACUUCUUUGGUAGAUCAUAGUGUUAUUUUUCUACUCUCAUCAUGA